AUGGACCGCAGGCCACCACAAGUGGCUACUGAUGUGAACAAGGAAGCCUUGUGCCAGGGCCUUGGUCUCCUUCAGGUCCCUUCAGUGCUCUCAUUGGACAUCCGGGCUCUCUACUUGUCUGGGAACAGGCUGCAGAGCAUCCUGGCCUCUCCCUUGCGCUUUUAUGCAGCUCUUCGUCACCUGGACUUAAGUGUCAAUGAGAUAAGCUUCCUCCAGCCAGGAGUCUUCCAGGCCCUGCCCCACCUGGAACACCUCAACCUAGCCCACAACCGGCUCGCCAUGGGCAUGGCACUGAACAGUGGAGGUCUGGGCCGCCUGCCCCUUGUGACCUCCCUGGACCUGUCUGGGAACAGCCUGUAUGGUAGCCUGGUGGAGCAGCUGUUGGGUGAGGCCCCGAGCCUGCACACCCUUUCACUGGCAGAGAACAGCCUCACUCGCCUGGCACGCCACACCUUCUGGGGCAUGCCAGCCCUAGAGCAGUUGGACCUCCACAGCAACAUCCUGAUGGACAUUGAGGAUGGCGCCUUCGAGGCCCUGCCCCAGCUGACCCACCUCAAUCUCUCCAGGAACUCCCUUACCUGCAUCUCGGACUUCAGCCUCCAGCAGCUGCAGGGACUUGAGCUGAGCCAGAGCCACAGACAGUCUUGA